AUGAGCCGUCCCGGAGGAGAGGCAUUUGCGCGUCUUGCGCAGCAGUUGAACCGCGCCCGCAUGCAGGCCGGCGGCGGCGGCGGCGGCCGUGGCGGCAGCUCGGGCGGACCCAGCCCGGGAGGCAUCCUCGCCGGCGGCGGUAUGCUCGUCCUCCUUGCUGGUGGUGCCAUUGUCAUCUCGUCGUCCCUGUACAACGUCGACGGUGGUCACCGUGCCAUCAAGUACUCGCGUCUCCAUGGUGUCCGUCCCGACAUUUACCCCGAGGGCACCCACAUCCGUAUCCCCUGGCUCGAGACUCCCAUCAUCUACGACGUCCGCGCCAAGCCUAGGAAUAUCGCGUCGCUCACAGGUACCAAGGACCUGCAGAUGGUCAACAUCACCUGCCGUGUCCUUUCGCGUCCUUCGGUCAACGACCUCCCGACCAUCUACCGCGAGCUUGGCACAGACUAUGACGAGCGUGUGCUGCCCUCGAUCGUCAACGAGGUGCUCAAGUCUGUUGUGGCGCAGUUCAACGCCUCGCAGCUCAUCACCCAGCGUGAAAUGGUCUCGCGUCUCGUGCGCGAGAACCUCACCCGCCGUGCGCGCCGGUUCAACCUGAUCCUGGACGAUGUGUCCAUCACCCACGUCGCCUUCUCGCCCGAGUUUACGCACGCCGUCGAGGCCAAGCAGGUCGCGCAGCAGAUCGCCCAGCGCGCCGCCUUCCAGGUCGACCAGGCCAUCCAGGAGAAGCAGUCCAUCAUCGUCCGUGCCCAGGGUGAGGCCAAGAGUGCCGAGCUCAUCGGCGAGGCCGUCCGCAACAACAAGGGUUUCCUCCAGCUCCGCAAGCUCGAGGCCGCCCGCGAGAUCGCAGGCACCCUCGCCCACUCGGGCAACGCCGUCAUGCUCGACACCAAGAGUCUGCUUCUCAACGUCACCGACGACGAGAUGCUCGAGACCAAGAAGAAGUAA